AUGUCCGCGAAUCAACUCAUCGACCCGAGAAACCCUCGAUUUACGAUCGUUCGCGAGUACGAAGCGUGGUGUCGAUUGGAUAAUCCAUACUUGGAACAGAACCCAAACGUCCCCAAAACGCCGUACCUUCUCGUGGCGGGAAUGGCACCGUCCGCGCGUGCCAAGUGCGGGAAAUGUUCGGAUAAGAUAGAAAAAGGUACGGUUCGAGUUGGGAUGCCGUAUCAAUGGCGAGGGGCGUUUUUUAGCUACGUGACCGGGUGGUAUCACGCGGAUUGCGUUCGGUUUGAAGGGGUGACCCAAGAGGAGGUGCGAGCGAGGACGUAUUGGAAAGGGGAGAAGGAACAUUUGGCGCAGGUGAUGAAAGGAAAGAAUACGCACGUGGAGAAGCUGGGGAAAACGCAAAGAGUGAAAAUGAAUGUCGAAUUUAUCAAAGACGAAACGGUGCGAGACGAAUUGAUGAGGACUUUGACGUCGGCGAGUAAGCCGAAGUGCGAGGAGGACGAGGUGGAUCCGAACGAAGGGACGUUUUUGAAAAGAGGAGAGAUUCAACCGGCGGAGCCGCCAAGAGGAUUGGUGAGGAGUUUGUUGCCGUUUCAGAAAGAAGGGUUGGCGUGGAUGAUGGAGAACGAGAAGACGCAGGUGAAAGGCGGGAUAUUAGCGGACGAGAUGGGGAUGGGGAAGACCAUUCAGGCGGUGUCGUUGGUGUUGAAGAGUAAGGAGGCGAGAUUGGAUCGAAUGCGAGAGUCUGGGGUGAUGGAGACGGAUGGCGACGAGAAAGGGGCAGAAGUAGACUUAAAUGUAGAAGACGAACCCAAGGCGAAGAAUAGCAAACGCAGUAAGAAGGGUAGCCCGAAGAGCGGCGGAGAAGAACACGUAUCGAGCGCGACAAAAAUGUCGGCAACCAACGCGCAUGAUGCUUCUUCUUCUUCUUCAAAGAACAAGAACACCACGUUAAUCGUCGUCCCCACGUCUGCGUUGGUUCAAUGGGAAGACGAAAUAAAGUUGUGCACGAAAGAGAACGCGUUGAAAGUGUUCGUGUAUUAUAACGACCGCAAACGGAAGACGAUCGUCGAGGAGAUGCGCGCGGCGGAUGUCGUGCUCACGACGUUUCCGGUUUUAGAAGCCGAGUACCGCAAAUGCGAGAUGCAGAGUAAAGUGCCGUGUGCGCAUUGUUUUAAACUGUUUCUUCCUCGCUCGUUAGCGGUGCACAACAAGUACUUUUGCGGCCCAGACGCGAAGAGAACUCAGAAACUCGAAAAAACUGAGAAGACGAGAGAAGUCGCGAAUACGAAAGCGUUGGCGACGUUGAACGUCAUCUCGAAAGACAAGUUGAAGGAAACGUUGGAAAACUUGAACAGCGGUAGUGGUAGAGAAGAAAAGAAGAAAAGUGGUGGUAAAUCGUUAAUGGCUAUCGCGCGUGGCUACAUGCAGCAAGGCGGUCGUGACAUGUCCAUGUACGACGGAGCGCAUAAAGCGCGAGCGGCUGCGGCCGAAGGUCUCGUCCUCGGCUCUAACGAGGACGAGGAAGCAAUCACGGAGGAAGAAUUGAAAGCGAUUCAACCGAAAGUCACGAAAAUCGUCGAGAUGGGCUUUGGUUUUCCCCGAAACAUGAUUGAAAAAGCAAUCGUGGAUAGCGGCGGAGACGUCGACGUCGCCGUGAACGCGUUGAUGGAUUCGCCGAAACCAAAGACGACGAUGAAAUCGAAAGGAUAUAAAAUGGAGGUCAUGGACGAUAAAGAGACGGAAGUGAUUUGUUUGGACUGCGAUAGCGACGAGGAAGAAGAGGACGCGACUGUGGUUGCUCCGACGACGAGAAGUACGAGAAGUACGUCGAAGAAUCCGCCCGCGGCGAAAGAGAAGAAGAAGAAGAAGGCCACCUCCGCCGCCGCCAAGAAAACGAAGAAGAAGAGCAAAAGCGCGAAGAAAAAGAAAAAGAAAGGCAGCGACGACGACGACGAUUCGGAUUUUAAAAUGGAACCUGAAGAAGAAGAAGAAGAAGAAGAAGAAGAAGAAGAUGAUGAUGAUGGAACAGGAACAGAAGAAGAGAUCGUAAUUACCAAAGUCACUCCUCCGAAAAUCAAACGAGAUCGUGAAAACGACACGAACAGCGAGGACAACAGCUUACUUUUCGGCAACACGGACGACCGUGACAUCAAGGAGUUAUUGCUUCAAACCUCAUCUUUGCAUCAAAUUCACUGGGAAAGAAUCAUUCUCGACGAGGCGCAUAAAAUCAAAGCGAGGACCACGUCAACCGCGAAAGCCGUGUACGCUUUGGAUAGCGACUACAAAUGGUGUCUCACCGGCACGCCGUUACAAAACAGAGUCGGCGAUUUAUACUCGCUCGUCCGUUUCUUACAAAUGGAACCGUACUCGUUUUACUUUUGCACCGCAAAAGUCGGCACUAAAGACGGCUCGAAAGAAGGCCUUUGUGGUUGCAAAAGCGCCUGUUGGGACAUGGGACCGAACAACGCUUUUUGCGUUCAGUGCGGUCACGCUCCUUUGAAACAUUUUUCAAAGUUUAACAAGGACGUCAUCAACCCGAUUCAACGCUACGGUGGUGUUGGCGCAGGUAAGAGAGCGUACAUGACGCUUCGUAACGACAUUUUACUGCCGGCAAUGUUGAGACGAACGAAGAAAGAACGGGCCGCCGACGUCGUGUUGCCGCCGUUGACGGAAAACGUCCUGGAACCCGAGUUUGACCAAACCGAGCGAGAUUUUUACGAAGCGUUGUACGCGAACGUUACCGCGAGAUUCGACGGGUUUGUCAAGAAAGGCACGGUGUUAAAUAACUACGCGCACGUGUUCGAGUUGCUUUCCAGGUUGCGACAAGCGUGCGAUCACCCGUAUUUGGUUUUGCAUUCUCGCAAUCCAAAGUUACGCAACCAACAGGCGGAGAUGAAAUUUGAGAAGAAAGAGGAGGACGACGAGGAAGAGGAGGAAGAGGAAGAAGAAUACACGAAGUCGAAGAAGAAAACGAAGAAGAAGCAAGAGUACGAAGUCCGAGAAAACGUUCCGUCUGACGCGAAAGAAACCAUGCAUUACUGCGGCAUGCCCGAUUGCGGCGAGAAAGUCGAACCGGAAGACGCGGCGACGUCCAAGUGUAAACACAUCUUCCACCGCGAGUGCAUUCAACCGUACUUGGAGAUUGAUUUUGGCGCAGAUGGCAUUAAAUGUCCAAAAUGUCGAACCAAUUUGACCAUCGACUUGUUUCCAGACGCCGAAGCGAUCGAUAAGAUCAAAGCGCCAAAAGACGAAAGAGGCGGCGGGGUCAAGAAGAAAGGCAAAGGCGAACUCGACGCCGAUGACGUCGUGCCGAACAAAUCAAUCUUGAAUCAAAUCGAUUUGAGCGAAUAUCGAACAUCUUCGAAGAUUGAGAAAAUGAUGGAAAAGCUCCGUGAGAUCCGAAGCGGUCGCGAUGGUAAAAAGAACAAAGCCAUCAUCUUCUCGCAGUACACGAGCAUGAUUGACAUCGUCGAGUGGCGCAUGAGGAAGGAAAAUUUCGUCAUUCGCAAACUGGUCGGAUCGAUGCCUGUCACGGCGAGAGCACAAAAUUUGCACGAGUUUUGCACGGACCCAGACGUGGACGCGAUUAUCAUGUCUUUGAAAUCAGGAGGGGAAGGUUUAAACUUGCAGGCGGCGAAUUACGUUUUCGUCUUGGAGCCGUGGUGGAAUCCCGCGGUGGAGAUGCAAGCGGUGAUGCGCGCGCACAGAAUCGGGCAGACGAGAGAGGUGACCGCGUUUCGAUUCGCGUGUAAAGACACGAUCGAAUCGAAAAUGCACGAAUUGCAAAAGCUAAAGCGGUUAGUUUUUGAAGGGACGAUGGAUGGAAACGAGGCGAGCAUGGCGAAGUUGUCGCCGGAGGAUUUACAAUUUUUGUUCAAACGCUAA